AACAUGCUGAAGUCUCAGCAGCGACAGCAGCUACUGCAGCAGCCUGGGAGAGGAGGGAGGCAGCAGCAGGCGCGGCUCCUGCGGGGAAGACACCCGGCGCGGAUGUCCCAGGCUGCGCACUGCUGCGGACAGCUGUCUUGACCUGGCUCUGACCCUGACCUCGUUCGCCGUCCCCUCCCACCCCUAGGCUCUUCGCGUUCCUCAGACGACGGCCCUACCGCGUCCCCACCCCACGUCUUCGGUUACUUCCUCCUCACGAUGGGAGAUGAUGCGUUCAGCUUAGGCUACGAGCCCUACAACCUGUCAUCUCCUUCGCCGGCCCCCGACGGGGCGGGCGGAGAGGCAGCGACAGCCGCAGCGACUGCAGCAGCAGCCACGGCCGCCCGGCUGCUGGUGCCCGCCUCCCCCGCCUCCUCUCUGCUGACCUCGACGACGACAGCGCCCGUGGCCCUGUCCCAGCAGUGGACGGCAGGCAUGGGCAUGCUCAUGGCCCUGAUCGUGCUGCUCAUCGUGGCGGGCAACGUACUGGUGAUCGUGGCCAUCGCCAAGACGCAGCGUCUGCAGACGCUCACCAACCUCUUCAUCAUCUCCUUGGCCAGCGCCGACCUGGUCAUGGGGCUGCUUGUGGUGCCUUUCGGGGCAACCAUCGUGGUGUGGGGCCGGUGGGAGUACGGCUCCUUCUUCUGCGAGUUCUGGACGUCGGUGGACGUUCUGUGUGUCACCGCCAGCAUCGAGACGCUGUGUGUCAUCGCCCUGGACCGUUACAUCGCCAUCACAUCUCCGUUCCGCUACCAGAGCCUGCUGACGCGGCCGCGGGCACGGGCGCUCGUGUGCACCGUGUGGGCCAUCUCGGCGCUCGUGUCCUUCUUGCCCAUCCUCAUGCACUGGUGGCGGGCGGACGGCGACGAAGCGCGGCUCUGCUACAAUGAUCCCAAGUGCUGCGACUUUGUCACCAACAGAGCGUACGCCAUCGCCUCCUCGGUGGUCUCCUUCUACGUGCCGCUGUCCAUCAUGGCCUUCGUUUACCUGCGCGUCUUCCGCGAGGCCCAGAAGCAGGUGAAGAAGAUCGACCGCUGCGAGCGGCGCUUCUACAGCGGCCCCCGCCCGCCGCCCUCGCCCUCGCUGCCGCAGCCGCUGCAGCCCCACGCGCCCCACCAGCAGCCGCUCGCGCCCGCGCUGCAGCCGUCGCGCCCGGCGCUGGCCAACGGGCGCCCCAGCAAGCGGCGGCCGUCGCGCCUCGUGGCCCUCAAGGAGCAGAAGGCUCUCAAGACGCUGGGCAUCAUCAUGGGCGUGUUCACCCUCUGCUGGCUGCCCUUCUUCCUCGCCAACGUGGUGAAGGUCUUCCACCGAGACCUGGUGCCCAACUGGCUCUUCGUCUUCUUCAACUGGCUGGGCUACGCCAACUCGGCCUUCAACCCCAUCAUCUACUGCCGCAGCCCGGACUUCCGCAAGGCCUUCAAGCGGCUUCUGUGCUGCCCACGGCAGACUGAGCGGCGGCGCCACACAAGCGUCGGGGAGCUGUCACGCGGAGGCUCCGGGGCCGCCACGGCCGGAGGCUGCGGCAGCUCCGCCGCUGGCUGUGCCACCCCGUCUCCCGCGGCCGCCUAUGCGGAGCAGGGCGAGCUGCUUCCCUCGUCGCCUCACUACCUGGAGCCCUGGGCCGGCUGCAACGGCGGGGCGACCGGGGACAGCGACUCCAGCUUGGAGGACAGGGACAGCAAAGAUUCGUAUUCGGAAUCCAAGGGAAGAGAGGAUCUGUGUUUACUCAAGACCGAAAGCAGGUGAUAAUGUAUCCUUCAUACCUCGUCUGAAUCAUCCACUACAAACAAAAGCAAUUCGACCAUUGAACAGAAGGAAAGUUGGGGGGGGUUGGGAUU